GCUAAUAGUAGCUUACAGUGACAAAAAUAGAUGUCGACACAUGCAAACCGUCAGAAACAACUGCAAAUUUCAAUGGAAAAUGAAUUCGCGAAAACGUGUAACCGGUCUACGCGGGAACCAGUCAUGACCUCGACAUGGUCCUUCUGUUGUCAUGACGUCAGACAACACUAUGGCGGAUGAUUUGGAAGGGAACCGAGAGUGCGCUAAACAACCUGCCAAAAGUGGUAGGAGAGCAAAGUCAAUUGUGAAGGAAAAGAAUGGUUUGAUUUGUGAGAACAGCAAUUCGCAGAAAUCGCCUGAGAUUGUGGAGUGCGGUGAUUUUCCUGAGAGAAAAGUAGCUGUUUGGAAUGAAGACGACAUUUCCCACAGUGUAUCAUAUGGAAGGCGAGCUCAGGAUAUUUCACGGGAUAUCAGUGAUUUCACAUCCAAGCAAGAUUCAGAUGAAGAACUUGAGAUACCGAUAAUACCUGAUGUGGGUAGCGCUGAAGAUGGACUUGGCGACUCACACACUGCUGCUGCUCCGAAUGUGAUCGUAAACAAAAUUCCGUCAUUUCGUGAGCUUAAUCAAGAGCUAAUCAACCACGGUGCUCUUCCAGCAUUGGAUAACGACAUCAAUUUAAGUGUGUUAACAAAGCAUUUAUUUUCUGAGGCUGAACUACAAGAGAGAGAUGAAACAUGGGACUGGGACCGUUUAUUUGCCGAUAUCUUAGCUCGCAAAGAAUCAGUGGUAAUAAAACCAGUUUCGUAAAUACAAAAUUAAAUGACUCUUUUCCUUUUAUCUGCAAACUAAUUUACCGAUUAUUUGCAAAUAAUUAAAUCAGGAAAGUAAAAUGAUUUUUAUUUGGCGGG